GUCCACUUGUCGUGCUACAGUCUGUUUUACAACUCUAUAUUUUAAAUCUUCGAUCAUCUCUAUCAUUCCAUGAUCAUGGCUUCAAAAUAUCACGACGAUUGGCAAUCUAGUAAGAAAACAGUCUUACAAAGAAACGCGUAUAUGUUUGAUAACGAAUUGAUGAGCGAUGUUUCUUUCAUUUGUGGAGAAUCAAGUCGCAUAUUUCAUGCUCACAAAUACGUGCUUGCCACGAGCAGUACUGUGUUUUAUGCAAUGUUCUAUGGCGAUUUAGCUCAAAAAGAAUCACCCAUUUGCAUCCCAGAUGCGGAAGAAGAAAGCUUCAAAGAGUUUCUGCGUUUUCUGUACAUCGAUGAUUGUAAAAUUACUAGUGCAGAGACGGCGAUACAAGUUAUAUAUUUGUCUAAGAAGUAUCUUAUUUCGUCUUUGACAGAGAAAUGUUGCAAGGUUCUAGAGGCAUUUAUUAAGCCUGACAAUGUUUUCGCGGUGUUGGAACAAGCAGUUUAUUUUGAUGAAAAAGAGUUGGAAGCAAAGUGCUGGGGUAUUUUUUCGACGAACACUGUAGAAUGCAUAAGAUCGGAAGCAUUCUGUGAUAUUGCAUCACAAACACUGAAUGCGGUUCUGAAGAGAGAGACGUUGACAAUAACAGAAGUGGAAUUGUUCAAAGGCGUAUUGAGAUGGACAGACAGCGAAUGUGCAAGACAGGGUAUAAAUAUUGAAGAAGACAAAACGGCACGAAGACGGGUGCUAGGGGACAGUGUGCAUGAAAUUCGUUUCCUUGCAAUGUCACCGAUGGACUUUGCAAAAUAUGUCUCUCCUACUGGGAUACUCACAGACGCAGAGAUCGAGUCUGUUUAUCAAAAGUUUAGGGAAGUAAAUGUGACAGACCCGAAAUGGAAGCGAGAAAAAAGACAACCAUGUAUACUCGGUUUCAGCAGAUUCGACCCUGGCAAUUUUCGAGCUAAUAGCUGGAGUUAUGAUGAUGUGGAUUCCGAUGCUCUCACCUUAACUGUCAAUAAAGCUGUUAUUUUUCACGGUGUUCGCUUGUUUGGCAACUCCCGUGGUAGUCAAUACGAAGUAAACUUUACGAUCAAAGACAAAGAUGAAAGUGUAAAAGGGUACUACACUUCAGAGCCAGACAAUGAUGGCGUAUCUGGUUAUGAUGUCAUAUUACCAAAACCAAUUUCUCUACGGCCAAAGGAAGAGAUCACAAUAAUUGCGACAAUAAAAGGACCAAAAUCCGAUGGUGGUUACAAUGGAAAACCAUCAGCGAAAGUCGAUAGAAUUGUUGUAAUGUUUAAAACUGCACCUUCUGAUUUAACUCCCAAUUGUACAAGAAAAGAAUUUGGUCAAUUUUACAAAAUUUUCCUUUCUAAGCUGUUAUAGUCACUGUAGAAAAUCAUAAUUAUAAAUGACUAAAGACCCGUUUACACUACGCUCGAUUUUUGGUACCGUACCACUUUUUUGGUUCUUGGACUACCUAAAUAAGUAGUCCAAGAACCGAAAAAGUGGUACAGGUACCAAUUUUAUCCAUGCCGUACCAAAAAUUGAGCGUAGUGUAAACAGGGCUUAAUUGUACAUCUAUUAUCAUUUAGCAUCAUGCAAGUAUAAACCAAACUAUUACCAUAUUUAUUAAAGUUGUUGGAUAUUAUGUAAUUAUAUGCCCAGUUACUAUUAUCCAUUUGUGGUAACACGAUUAUCUAAACCCAGGACCCGACACUACAACAAAUAAUUUAGGAAGGCAAUUAAGAAACAUAACGAAUUUUGACAAUGCAUAGAAAAUUUAUGUCUUAAUAGUCGUCGAUCACGAUAGUUCUUGAAAAUUAAAUAAUA